GCUUGGUGUGCCAGCCGGAGGCUUCUCAGCCAGAAGCUCAUGGCGGUGUCCGCCGCUCCGUCUCUUGCCAUCCCCACACCCCCGCGCCCCACCCCGAAGCCCCGCCGCGCACGCGCACGCUCGCCGCGGGAGCGAGACGUCGUCUCCUGGACGUCUGCCAUCGCGCGCGCGGCGCGGCAGGGCGACCUACCGGCGGCGGCCGCGGCGCUCUCCGCCAUGCUCUUGUCCCCCGCCGCGCCGGCCCCCAACGACAUCACGCUCCUUACCGUCCUGUCCGCCUGUGCCGACUCGCCGUCCUCCCCGCUCGCCCGCCCCUUGGCGCUUUCGCUCCACGCCCACGCGCUCAAGCUUUUCCCUUCCCACCUCCUCCUCUCCACCUGCCUCGUGCGGUUCUACCUCGCGUCCCGCCUCCCGCACCUCGCGCUCCAGCUGUUCGACUCAAUGCCCAUCCGCUCCGUCGUCACCUACAACACCAUGAUCUCCGGGCUCAUGCGCAACUGCCUCGUGGACACCGCUGUCGAGGUGUUUGACGGAUUGCCCGAACCGGAUAAGGUCUCGUGGACGGCGCUCAUCGACGGCUGCGUCAAGAACGGGCGCCACGACGAGGCCAUCGACUGCUUCCGUGCCAUGCUGCUGGACGGCAUCGAGCCGGACUACGUCACGUUGAUAGCCGUCCUCUCCGCGUGCGCCGAGGUCGGCGCGCUCGGGCUCGGGAUGUGGGUGCACCGGCUCGUGGUCAGGCAGGGGCUGGAGCGCAAUGUCCGCGUCGCCAACUCGCUGAUCGACAUGUACGCGCGAUGCGGACAGGCGGAGCUUGCGGCCCAGGUGUUCCGCUCCCUGAGGAAGCGGACGGUGGUUUCUUGGAACUCCAUGAUCGUCGGGUUCGCUGCCAAUGGCCGGUGCACAGACGCGAUCGAGCUCUUCGAGGAGAUGCGGAGGCAGGGGUUCAAGCCAGACGCGGUGACACUCACCGGCGUGCUCACGGCCUGCAGCCACGCCGGCCUCACCGAGCAGGGGCUGAGGUACUACGACCUCAUGACAACACAGUACGGCGUCACUGCGCGGAUGGAGCACUACGGGUGCGUGGUCGACCUGCUCGGCCGUGCCGGGAGGCUCGACGAGGCGAUGUGUGUGGUGGAGACCAUGCCGAUGCGACCCAAUGAGGUGGUGCUCGGGGCGCUCCUCGCGGGCUGUCGGAUGCACGGGGACCUGGAGAUGGCGGAGCAGCUGAUGCAGCACCUCCUCGAACUGGACCCUGGGGGCGAUGCCAACUACGUGCUGCUGUCCAACAUCUACGCGGCUGUGGGAAAGUGGGAUGGCGCCGGUAAGGUCCGGACCUUGAUGAAGGCGCGCGGACUGAAGAAACGGCCAGGGUACAGCGCCGUCGACCUCAACGGCGACGUGCACGAGUUCGUGUCUGGCGAUCGGUCUCAUCCGCAGGCCGAAGAGAUUGGCCAGAUGCUUGGGUUGCUCAGGCAAGAGAUGUAUGAUUAUGAUGAGCAUGGAGGCAGCUGCUUCGACGGGGAUUGAGCUGCUGAGAACUUCAAGAAUGUGGAAGAUGCAAGGCUUCUGCAGGCAUCACCACAGGGUUCAUCAUUUUGCCUGUGGUUAGCCCAGUGUGAUUGCCCAUCGUCACCUAGUCAUUAUGAAUGGAUUCAGCAUGUACAGCACACAAGAAGCUCAAUUGAUUUCAGUAAUUUUGAUCCGAAUUUGAUGAGCUGAAUCAAUAUAGACAAUGCAUGUUGCUUUUA